GGCACAAGUGCUGACCAAGACAUGCGGUUCAGCAACAAGAACAAGAAACUCUUGAAAUCCAUGGAUUUCCCACCAGAGUUUGAUGAAAAGGUCAACAUGACCAAAGUCAAGUUCGAUGUAAUUAAACCUUGGAUCACCACACGCGUUACAGAACUUUUAGGUUUUGAGGAUGAACUCGUUAUUAAUUUUGCAUUUGGGCUGUUGGAAGAGAAGAAUCCUGAUCCGAAAAUGAUGCAAAUCAAUCUCACGGGAUUUCUGGAAAAGAAUACACAAACGUUCAUUCUAGAGCUAUGGCGGCUCUUGCUUAGUGCACAGCAGUCCAAGAGUGGUAUACCACAAAAGUUCCUGGAGGAGAAAAAGCAGGAAAUUAUGCGGAAUAAGGAACAGCAAGAAAGUGCCAAGGCGCGUCAGGAGGCUGUCAUGGAUGCUAUUCGCCGACGAAAGGAAGCAGAAGAACAUGAUAUGCGACAAGAUCGUGGGACUCAACGAAAGCGGCCAUCUCGAUUUGUAAGUUUGAUCAGUGGAUAG